AGUACAACCCAUCGUUUGGCAUCACUGCCUCCCUGUCGCUUUAGCGAUUACUUUCUCAAACACAAACGAUGCUUCGAUCCCGGUGCAGCCUAUCAUCCGCAUCACUAUCAUCAUCAUUCGGUGCCACGUCUGACCACUCACACCCAUACAGUUCAGCAUGUACCCGAUCGGCCGGUAAUAGGUGGGGCCACCAGUAUGGUAACCUUGUGUGAUAUACCCACAACAGCUACCAGUGGAGGUGGUGGCCCAACACCUGCUGGUGGUAAGAAUGCCGAAAGUUUACAAAUCACCCUUAAAGAUCACCCCUCAAUGUCGUUUCGUAAUAAAGGUCAUGUAGACAUUGAAGUCCGUUAUAAGCCGACAGCGGCCGGUAAGGGUAAACCAAUGUUGGAGAAAAUUGUAGUCACCGAAAGUGAUAAAUGUCCAAUUGUAGAAGAAAAACAGAGAUGCGGAGCUUCGGUGGGUCCGCAUGGUUUGAAGCAGAAGAAAACGUUGGAGAAAAUCGAGAAACCGGCUAGCAAAGAUCCCUGGGGUAAACCGGGUCCGGGUGGCAAACCAUGGCGUAGUCCCAAAUCGGUGGGAACGACUUUUAUGAAGUCCCUGGGUUGGACCAACAAAGAAAUGCUCAAAGAAUUGGAUCAGGAUAAUCCCGUUACCCCAGCCGAAAAGCCCACAUUCCGUAAAUCCCGUGCCACACGAAAAGCCACCCGCUGUUGUGACAUGUGUACAUGUAAGUGCCCGGCCAUGACAAGUAGUCCCAUUAAACCGCUACAAAAAACUGCAGCACCUGCAAAAUCGACAAUAACAGCAGCAAAUGAAACGAAACCGAAAAUCUGUCCACGAAUGAUGCGUCAUAACAAGGCUGCUGCCACUGCUGAUACCACAACUGAUAAUAGCGCUCAUCCCAAAAAUAGACAAUGUCAUGGUGGUGAUGCCACCGCCACCAUCACCACCAAUGGUAAUGGUGUGGAAUUGGUGCCACUGUUGGCACGUCGUCGUGCCUAUAAUCGCCCCAUUAGCCUUUCGACAACGGACAUAACAAAGCGAACAGCCUCCAAUGAUAGACUCCAUACCUCGGACGGUAUUGGAGUUUCAUCGAAUCUAUUGUAUCAGCAUGACCUCAACACCCAGGUAGCCAUGAAACGGCGUUCAAUCAGUUUGGCUCGCCAGUAUGACCGGGAAUUGGCCAAUCAACACUUUAUGACCUUUGAUACGUUUUGGGGUCGGCCAGGUCAUGGCGCCCAGGCGGGCACAACGAGAAAAUUAAAAUUGAAUAAUUUACUUUACGGGACACCAGGUUGUACAUCGGACUAG